AUGGCUGAGCUCUGCGUGGCCAUGGCAGCUGGGCUCCGGGCAAGGCUGGGCACGGGCUGCCCGUCCCACUGGCUGCGGGGCUGGUGUCUGCCCCUGGGGCAGGCAGCACGGCUGGCCCAUGCCGGGGCUGCAGCCCGGCUGCAGCGGGAGUACGACGCGGUGGUGAUCGGGGCAGGGCACAACGGGCUGGUGGCAGCUGCCUACCUGCAGCGGGCAGGGGUGCGCACAGCUGUGCUGGAGAGACGCCAUGUGCUGGGUGGUGCGGCCGUCACAGAGGAGAUUGUCCCAGGCUUCAAGUUCUCCCGGGCAUCAUACCUGCUCAGCCUGCUGCGACCGCAGAUCUACACCGAGCUGGAGCUGCAGCGGCAUGGUCUGAGGGUGCUCCCGCGAGACCCCUACUCCUUUACCCCACUGCUGGAGGACAGGAGCCCGCCCCGCUCCCUCCUGCUGGGGCACAACAUGGCCCAGACCCAGCAGCAGAUUGCUCAGUUCUCCCAGAAGGAUGCCAAGGCUUACCCUAAGUAUGAGGUAUUCAUGGGGGGCUUGGUGUCAGCCCUUGACCCACUGCUGGAUGCCCCCCCAGUGGAUACAGCUGCCCUGGGGAAGGGUUCCCUGCUCCAGCAGUUCAGGGACCUGCAAGCCCUGUGGCCCCUACUGCGGGCAGGGCUGGCACUAGGACGGCAACUGCCUCACUAUUAUGAGGUGCUUACAGCCCCCAUCUCCAAGAUUCUGGAUCAGUGGUUUGAGUCAGAGCCCCUGAAGGCAACUCUGGCUACUGACGCAGUGAUAGGAGCCAUGGCCAGCCCCCACACCCCCGGCAGCGGGUACGUGCUGUUGCACCACGUGAUGGGUGAGCUGGAAGGACGGCGGGGUGCCUGGGGCUACGUGGCUGGCGGAAUGGGGGCCCUUUCUCAAGCCAUUGCCUCUGCAGCAGUUGCCCAUGGAGUUCACAUCUUUCCUGAGAAGGUGGUGUGCCAUGUGCUGCUGGGCAGGGACGGGCGGGCACAGGGAGUUGCACUGCAGGAUGGGACUGAGGUCAGGAGCAAACUCGUGCUGUCCAACGCUUCCCCCCAAAUCACCUUCCUGGAGCUCACCCCCCAGGAGCAGUUGCCAAAGGAUUUUGUGCAGCGGAUACAGCAGAUUGACACGCGCUCCCCUGUCACCAAGAUCAACGUGGCAGUGGAUCGGCUGCCCAGCUUCCUGGCUGCUCCCAAUGCUCGCAAUGGCCAGCCUCUGCCCCAUCACCAGUGCUCCAUCCACCUCAACUGCGAGGGCACCCACCUCCUGCACCAGGCCUUCACUGAGGCCACCCAGGGGCACCCCUCCAGCAGGCCUAUGAUUGAGCUCUGCAUCCCCUCGGUGCUGGAUCCAGGGCUGGCCCCUCAGGGCUGCCAUGUCGUGUCCCUGUUCACCCAGUACACCCCCUCCGUGCUGGCGGGUGGGCAGCACUGGGGCGAGCCAGCCAAGAACGCGUAUGCAGACACAGUGUUUGACUGCAUCGAAGCCUACGCCCCAGGGUUCAAGGCAUCGGUCGUUGGCAGGGACAUCCUAACGCCACCAGACCUGGAGAGGAUCUUCGGGCUGCCCGGUGGGAAUAUCUUCCAUGGAGGGAUGUCUCUGGACCAGCUGUACUUUGCCAGACCAGCUCCAUCCUACUCGAGCUACCGGUCCCCAAUUCCUGGCUUGUACCUGUGUGGAAGUGGAGCCCACCCAGGAGGAGGAGUGAUGGGAGCAGCGGGACACAAUGCUGCCCAGGUAGCCCUCAAGGAUUUCAGACGUCUGUGA